AUGAUUGGAGAGAUAGGAAGAGCAAAGCCUUGGAAGGCUGCAGAUGGACAUGAACAUGCGGGACUCACGGACGGAGUGAGGGAGGGGGAAACCCUCCAGAGUCCAGCUCCACCAGCAGCACCGCCACCACGCCACGAAGGAGCAGAGAAGAUGAAAACUCUGCUGCCGUCCGUCCAUCAUCCCAGGCUAAGUCGAGCGCAUGGAGUAACGAAAAGUGGCACCAGCGUUCUGAUUUUCAUCACCGGCGUCCGCCUGAUUGCAAAGCGGCUCCAGCAAGCAAGCAAGCACGCGAGCACACAAGUGCCCUCGCUCGUACGUGCCGGGGGUGCUCUCGAGCAUCGACCAGACCAGACGGAACUCCCUGCUCGGUCGACUUGUGCCACUCUCACGUACACUGACAGGAGUGGAGAUUGGAGACUGGAGACCGGGAGCGCAUCAGCAUUUCGGCAGAAUCCGUGCACGAAAAGCUGCGCAGGCUGGCUGCAGAUGAGACGAGAUGGACAUGUAGUGGGCGGGAGCUGGGCCCGUCAGGACGAGGAAACGACCGAGGCCGAGCCUAAGAGCCUCCCUCCUUUUCAGCAGGUGUCACUUACGUGGACUUCAUGGUCUCAUGAUCGAGGAACAAGCAUAUUUGAGUGCCAGCAAGUACACACCUUCAUAUAA